AUGGUCCAGACCUCCCUACAGCGUCUGCGUAACCCUCUUGUGCGCUACAUUUGCGGCGACGUUGCCUCCUUUCAACCCCUCCCUAAAUCCAUCCAGUCCCAACUAACGCCCCAAGAUGCAUCGCACUUCCGUGUCGCGCGCGUCUACGGCCGUGACCGAAACAUCAGCUUCGACUGGUACGGGGAGUACUUUGAAUUCCCAGUCGUGCAACGCUUGUUCCAGACCGAGUCCUGGGGCAUUCUGCAGUACCAGGUCAUCCGGCGGUAUCGCGAGGUGGACACGCAGGAGAUUAGCGUUGUGCUUGAAAUUCGUCUGCUGCGAGACUCGAGCGCUGGCAAGAUCAGUGAUUUGGAGUUGGCGCGGGAAAUUAAGAUCUUUUUCUACGUAUUCAAGUGCAACGAGGAGCUGUUUGAGCUCAAGCUCUUGCCUGAUUUUAGCGGGUUUAUGCGCAAGGAACAGGCUAGUCCGUAG